AUGGCUGGGAAUUCAAUCUUGCUGGCUGCUGUCUCUGUCUUCCCUGUCCGUCAGCAAAGUUAUUUUGCUUUGCAGGUAGGAAAGGCAAGAUUAAAAUACAAAAUUAUGCCCUUGGCAGUCUCUGGGUCACCAGAGUUUGACAGAAUAUUUCAUGCAAAACAAAACUAUGGGGAGUUUUACCCCACAGUCGUGAUUACAUUGUGGAUGGCCGGAUGGUAUUUCAAUCAAGUUUUUGCUACUUUUCUGGGUCAGCUGUACCUCUAUGCCCGUCACCAGUAUAUCUGGGGAUAUUCAGAAGCUGCUAACAAAAGGGUCGCUGGUUUCGGGUUGAGUCUGGGGAUUUUGGCCGUUGAUGGUCCCGGGCACCCUGGGGACUGCAAACAGCUUUCUGGAUGA